AUGGCCCAGUCCAAUGACAAAGACGUUUCGUUUAAACAGCUUUAUGUGUAUUGCGGAGUGUGCAACUCGGAUGAAGGCUCCUUUUACUUGACAUCUUGCGCACAUCUACUCUGCGCACAUCAUCAUAAGAAGUGUAUUUCUGGUGAAUCACUAUCUGAUAGAUCCAACUCUAGAUCAGAUCGGUUUCCAAAAGGUUUAGAUAAUGGUGGGCCCGGUACUUGGGAAGGCGGUCCUUCAAAUGGUGGAGCACAAUUAACCAGGUCAAAAAACGAAUCAGGAGCAAACAAGAGCCCCAAAACACAUAUAUGUCCUGUAUGCAGUGCAACCGGCAUUUCUGUUGUUCCACUUACUAAGGAGGCACUGCCUGUAGAGUUGCAGUCUUAUUUCCGACCGUAUAUUUCAUCUCUGGAGUCAAUUUAUGCAGUUGCAAAGUUCCAAACAGAUGGGCUGGUUGUGCGAUGCCAAAGACAGAUUAAGACGAUUGCAAAACUGACGGCAAAAUAUAAAGAACUUGCACAGCGGUUGCGAGAAGAAAUGGACAAUUCAAAUGAUUGCAAAACGAAACUCAAUGAAGAAAUAGCUAAAGGCAAGCAGAAUGUUGAGCGCAUAGUGGCUUUGGAACAUGAAUUAGAAAAUUUGCGUAGUCGAUUAGUUGCUGUUAAUACUACUGGUAGUAGUGCUACUACAAUUCAAAGUCAUUUGCGUGAUUCAGUACCAUUAGAGACUUCAACACCUCUAAGCAGCAAGCAAUCUUCCGGUGCUCAUAUGCCCCCUCCAGGGCAUGGGCACUCGUCGAAGCGGGCAAGAUUAGAUGGAUCAACUCGAGCUCCGCGCGACUUUGUAAGUAGUGUUCAACGAAGUGCAAUGACAAAUCCAGUGCAAAGGGUUACUGAGACUCCCCGCGGUCAUGGAUCAUACGAAUACGUUCCGGGUCCCGAGAAUGUGUUUGUAAGUGUACCCAAGGAUAACGUGGGGCAAAAAAAACCUCUGCAAUCACACAGAGUGUAUUAUCCUCAUCGCCGAGCUCCGACUGAUAAUCAAUUGCUGUCCCAAGGAGGUUUUGGUAGUACUAUAGCUAUGAGUGGCCAAAUGUUUAAUAAUGGUUCUCGAGGAGUUGGGGAUAGAUACGGAGGAAUUUCAGCGACUGUCUUACAAGAGAAGAAAGACUACAACGGAGAUCAGAGGUACGGGAUGCAUCCUAACGUUACGACGCGGCGGGGAGUAGCCGGGACUGAUAUCGGGCCAAGUGGAGGAGGAGGAUACUACGGAAAUAUUGAGACACAAAAGCAGCAGCAACAACAAAACUACGGAAAUGGGAACCGUGGCGGAAGAGUUGGUAUAGAGGUGAAUAGGGGAACUAGCCAUCUAACUGAUGUUUCUGUUUUUCAGCAUACCGAAAGUGGGUUAGGGCAGGUACGCAGAGAAGGCAACAACGGAGAGUCCUCUAAAAAUCGUGGGUAUCCUACGUUUGAGACGAAUCCACGAGCAGCAGCGGCAGCUGUAGUACAUGCGCAUAAGAUUGCUCGGGCAGAAAGUGCAAGUCCCUUUAAACGCAUGUACAGCCGUGGCUCGUCGUCAGCAGCAGUGUAUCAAGGAGAUGUAGGGUAUGGCAACACAAGUAGUAGUCGGUUAUCAAUUCCAAGCACACCCAAACGGCGAUAA